GAAUGUUGAAUUUUGGGAGUCAGCUACAGGCUUGGGAGGGGCCAGUGAUCAGACGUCGGAGCGUUUCAGCCGGGACUACAAGGACGCGGAUGUCUUCAGCAACAAGGAGGCCAAGGAGCUUUUGAUUGUUUGCCACAAUGAGGGCAAGGCACUCGGAUGGAGAACCUGGAAGCUCUUGGAAACCAAGACGCUCCACGGCUGGUUCACCACAGGUAACACCUGCAGCAGUGGACUUGACACCAGCAAGAGGUACAAGAUGGCUGAUGAGACAACAGGCGGCGAUGUCGGACACCUCAUUGAGUGGGAGCCAUUGAUCAAGAACACGCACAAUGGCGUCGAUGACCUUUACGUGAAUACUGAGAUGAACACAAACGAUUUCAACCGCUUGUCGACAAAUCGCAACGGCGGAUACAAUCUCGGAUCCGGCCUAGGCACCCAGUACGAUGCAAACCUCGCCAGCAAUUGCGGAGACACGGAGCGACCGCAGGCAGAUGCCCAGAUGCGCACGGAGAAGUACCAUUGGGGAAGUGGCGGCGGCAUUGGCGGGCUCAUUGGCUCCGAUCACAAUUGCCACGGGGGCUGCCCGUGGACAAUCAGUUCGGGCUCCUUGGAUUUUUGA